GCAUGGCCUUCGUCAGGGAGUACAAAAAAAGGAAUACAAUGUCCUCUUUUUAACAGCUUUUCAAUUAGCCCUAAUUGGAAGAGGGAGUGGUUACACAAUUGAUUGGACACACCUAGUAAGCAAUACUAUACACAUUAAAAGGUGAAAUACUGUAGCUAUGUUAUCAUAAAAAGACAACUCCAAACUAGAAGUAUCAGAACACUAAAAGGUAGUUCUAACCUUAAAUAUGACUGGGAGAAGUGUCAAGAAUUAGAAAGCUAUAUAUUCCAUAGUACACUAGAACACAGCAAAACAUGAACAACAACAGUCUAACCAUAGCUGAGGGCAAUUGAGCAAAAUGUCCACUAGAUGACAGCAAAUGGACACAUCAAGACCCUACAGGAAGGGUCUAGAACAGUGCUGCUGAGGGGGAUGUCACUGCAGGACGUUUCGACACAGUGGUUCUUCUGACCCAUCAUGUAGUAGAGGAGAACACAUCCCUUCACACCUGGGAACAAUUACACAAGAUCAUGGGGAAUUCGUACGCAGGGCAGCUGAAAUCUGCUCGCUUCGAGGAGGCCCUCCACAACUCCAUCAAGGCCUCCCUACGCUCCAGCAGUGGAGACCCACAGCCCAUCUUCACUCAGCUAUACCUGGAGCCUGACCAGUAUCCUGGCAACAUGGAUGAUAUCAAGCCCAAGGUGGACCUGUGCAUGCCGUGCGGGGAGCCUAAGGGUCAGGAUCUGCUAAACGGCCAGGCCUCUAACGGUCUGGAAGACCUGGAGGAGGAGGACGACUCUGACACCAGCAGCCCCCCGCUGCCCUACCUCCACCAGGGCCCUGCGCCCGACGGCUGCUGCACCAUGGACGGGUUCUGUCAGGCCGGUAAGGACCUCCGUCUGGUCUCCAUGGCGACGGAACACAUCGAAGUUCCAGCUGGCUUCGAGCUUGUCGGUGCCAAAUCCUCCAGCGUCCCAGAGCACAUCCUGGUGUGUGCCGUGGAUAGGCGCUUUCUGCCUGAUGAGAACGGGAAAAAUGCACUUUUAGGGUUUUCAGGGAACUGUGUUGGCUGUGGGGAGAAGGGGUUCCGGUACUUUACUGAGUUCUCCAACCACAUCAACCUGAAGCUGGCCACGCAGCCCAAGAAGCAGAAGCACUUAAAAUACUACCUGGUGAAGAACUCUCAGGGUGCUCUGUGCAAAGGACCCCUCAUCUGCUGGAAAGACUGCAAGACGCGCCAGUUCUCCAAUAGCAAUGCGUCCACCUCCAAGCCCAGUUCCUCAUCCUCCCUGAGUAGCAAGGAGAAUGGAGGCACCAACGGACACAGCUCUUCCCCUUUCUCCCUUUCAGACUCCCCUCCUACCAGGACUCCCUCUGCCGCCUCUGUGUUCUUCUCAGCCCAGGACCUGGCCCGAGACUGCAGCUUCCUCAAGCCUUUGGCCUCUACCCCUGGGGGCAAGACUCUACCAAUAGUACCCAUGGCUUUAAGAGUGAACGGGCCGACCAAUGGACUGGGUCAAGACGGCCACCCCCCUUUACUGAGCCCCUCUCAGGUGUCUCUGGGACCCCAGGGACAGGGGUACAGAACCUCCGACCUAGGAGACAACCCUGUUUCCUCUGCCAUGAUCUCAGGCCCGCCCAAAAAGCGCCACCGCGGUUGGCACCCUAACCCCCUGGUGCCAGUCCCCCCUACAGCAGUCCCUGUGUCCGCCAUCCGACCCAUCGUCUGCUCCCCAGGCUCUGUGCUGGCCAUGCCCACUCCUCAGCUGCCUGUAGCAGGUGUCCUUCAGCCCCAACCCGUCACUGCUGGAGAGACUGUCAUCGUCCCUGACAACCUGCUCAACACAUCAGGAGUCCGUCCUGUUAUCCUCAUUGGGCAUGGCACAUUACCAUACUUCUAUGGGAACGUGGGGGACAUUGUGGUGAGCCCUCUGCUGGUGAGCUGCUAUAAGGGCAACCAGUUGACUGAGAAGACACUGGCCAGCCUGGGACUGACUGGCAGCCAACUACUCAGUGUGGAGACCAUGAUCCUCCUCACCCUGCAGUACCUUGCACGGCUAGGUUCGGAGCAGAUCCCUCUGAGGGAGGAGUUUGAGCAGAUCGUCCUGAAGGCCAUGUUAAUUUGUCCUGGAGGUCCCUCCAUCUCUCCGGCCCAGCUGCCCUGGCUGGCCCGCCUGGAGGCCAGUGUCUCUGGGGGCAGUGUCCAGGUCCUGGUCACCUACAACUCCCUGGGAGAAGGCAUCUCUGAGUCCCUGCGCUCGCUCUGUGACGGACCGCCCUACCAGCAGUGCCUGCCCACCUACGUGGUUAUUGUGUGUACCUCCAAGAUGAGCGGCAACGAGUUCUGUGUGCUCGCCCUGGGGAAGUACCAGGCACGAGCGCUAGCCGAGGGAAUGCUCACCACCAAUGAGUUCCUGAAGGAGAUCAGCUACGAGCUCAUAACAGGGAAAGUCAGUGUCCUGGCGUCACACUUCAAAACCACCUCACUCGGGGACAACCUGGACAAGCAGCUGGUGCGUAUCCAGCGGAGACGGAAGGGCCAGGUCAUCCAGCCCUUCCAGGGCGAUGUCACUGACCACAUCCACUCCCAGGAUGCAGCCACCAUGGUGCCACCCUCUGAGUCAGAGCUGCUGAGUGAGAUGUUUCAGAUCCACCCUCCCCAGCUCAAUGUAGCCAGGAGCCUACUCUCCCAGGUGUGCUCCAUAGCAGACUCAGGCAGCCAGAGUCUGGACCUGGGACGCUUUUGCAAGGUGGACUUCCUGGUUCUGGUCCCUCCGUCCCACAUCCUGGUGAACCAGACUGCUCAACGCAUCCGACAAUCAGGAGUGCUAGUGGACCUGGGUAUAGAGGAUGCGUCCUCAGCCCACCAGAGGUCCGACAAGUAUGUGGUGCGUCUCGACGGAGACGUCCACGGCAAGAUGGAGGCCUUCAUGAGGAAGGUCAAACAGAACCCCUACACCCUGUUUGUCCUCAUCCACGACAACUCCCACGUGGACCUGACCAGUGCCCUGUCUGGUUCGGUGUGCCACGGAGAGCUUCAGGGUCUGGCUGACAGGGUGGUAAACUGCCAGGAGGUUCUGGAGGCUAUGAAUCUGCUGGUGCUGCAGGUCAGCUGCUUCCCAUUCACCCUGCAGACACGACAGUCCCGCAUCAGCGUCCACAACGAGGUGCACUGGCCAGCCAACACCGAGAGCUUGGGGGAGCUGUCUCCUAAGGAGCUGGUGUACUUUGGCCUGAGGGACUACAGCAGCUCUCUGCAGUGGGGGGUGGCCAGUCCCAUCCUGCGCUGUGACGACGCAUUCGAGAAGAUGAUCAACACGCUGCUGGAGAGACACCCCCACCUGCACAGCAUGGUGAUCAGGAGCUACCUGUUGAUCCAGCAGUACACUGAAGCCAUGAUGGCUCUGACCUCCUCACCUUCACUACGGGAUCACAUCACCCCGGAAACCCUGGCCAUGGUGGAGGAUCUGAUCAGUGCCCCGGGCCGGGAGGGGACCAAGGGCCGGGGCCACAUGCUGCUGGUCCGGGUGCCCUCUCUGCAGCUGGCCAUGCUGGCCCGGGAACGCCUGGAGGACGUCAGGGACAAGCUGGGUCUUCAAUUCUGCUUCGCUGUGCUGCUGGGAAGCCCUGCCACCGAGCUCAGCCUUCCACGACACUUCGCUAACCGACUCAGGGCCUGGCGGGGCUGUGAAAUUGAAGACUGGGUCCCUCACACCUAUGAGGAUCUGGAGGGUCUUCCCUGCAUUGUCAUCCUCACUGGAAAAGACCCCCUAGGAGAAACCUUUCCAAGGUCCCUGAAGUACUGUGACCUGCGUCUGAUCGACUCCAGCUACCUGACACGUACGGCCCUGGAGCAGGAGGUGGGUCUGGCCUGCUCUUACGUGUCCCUGAGGGUGGUAAAGGAGCCCUGCAGGUCCAUGGCCCCCAAGAACCCAGAGACAGACAAGACCAGUGGCCCUCAGGACCCAGACCUAGAGCUGCACAUGGACUUGGAGAGGCCCCAGAGCAACAGCAGCGCUGCUACCAGAGGCCCUGGCUCUCUGGCAGAGAACAGGGUCAGCUCCUCUGACAUCCCUGACUCCUCCCAGAAGCCCUCCACCUCCUCCUGCCCCCCUGGAGGCAAGGCGGGCAGCAUCAUGAUGGAAGACGGGACUGGCACGACCUCAACAUCCCCCCGCCGGGUCAAACAGGAGUGUGACUCCCUGGGCAGUGCCACCUCCCGCCCUUCCAACGCCCCUCCCUCUUUCUGCUCCUCCUCCUCCUCUUCCUCCUCCUCCUCUUCGACCCAGCACCCCAGCCAGUCUACGCAAUGCGGCCUGGGCAGCAAGUCGCCUCGGGUCUCUCCCCGGACUGUCAUCCUGUCGCGCGCUGCCUACAACCUCCUGGCUGGAGAAUCAGGGAGCCAGCUGAGCUCCUUCUCCCUGCUGCCUCACGCCGAUGUGGGCUGGAGCAGCCCGCUGAGGCCCCUCUUCACCCCUAACUUACAAGGGUCAGAGCAGAGCCUCUUCUACAGACAGUGGACCGUAGCCAGGCAACAUCAUGCCGACCACGAGGCCCCCCCAGGGCCACACCCACGACGCCUGCUGCUCAGCGGGCCCCCACAGGUGGGGAAGACGGGUGCCUACCUGCAGUUUCUACGCAUCCUGUUCCGUAUGUUGAUUAGACUGCUUGAGGUGGAUGUGUAUGAUGAAGAGGAGCUGGAGGAAGCGAUGACGGAUAUGUCCGAGGCCACACCCCCAGCCAGCACCCAGUGGCCAGACAUUGAGGAGAUCCGCAAACUGCCCUUCGACCUCUUCCCCAGAGACCCUAAAUUCAGGAGGGCCAGCACUGUUUACAGUGACAAGAUGCCAAAGGGCUUGAAAGAUCCUAAACUGGAAGGAGAGAGCAAAAUGCCUGUGAAGAGGGAAACUGUGUCGAUACGGCUGAGUAUGUUCGCAGCCCACAAUGCAUUUCACCAUUGUGAUCAGUGUCACCAUUACUGUGAAGCCAGCCCAGCCACACAGCUGUCGGAGUGCACAUUCCACGCCUUCACGUUCUGCUCGUCCAUGCUGGGAGAGGAGGUGCAGCUCCACUUCAUCAUCCCCAAGGCCAAGGAGCAGCACUUUGUCUUCAGCCAGCAGGGCAGUCACUUGGAGAGCAUGAGGCUGCCCCUCAUCUCUGCUAAGGACCUCAGUCUGUUGAAAAGUCCCAUCUUCACCCCGACCACGGGGCGCCAAGAGCACGGCCUUCUCAACAUCUUCCACGCCAUGGAAGGCACCGACCACCUCCACAUCCUGGUGGUCAAGCAGUACGAGAUGCACCACUACAGGAAAUACUGGCCCAACCACAUCCUGCUAGUGCUUCCUGCCAUGUUUAACAGUGCAGGAGUUGGGGCGGCUCGGUUCAUGAUCAAGGAGCUGUCGUACCACAACCUGGAGCUGGAGAGGAACCGUCUGGAAGAGCAGGGGGUCAAGAGGCAGGACGUCUGGCCCUUUAUAGUCAUGAUGGAUGACUCCUGUGUGCUCUGGAACUCACACCAACCCCAGGACAGCAGCAGUGAUAUGGCAGACACCGGGCCCAGUCUGACCAACGUGUCUUUAAAGACGGUGCUGCAGCACAUGGAGGCCACUCCUAAGAUCUCCCUGUAUGCCGUGUGCGGGGCCCGCAAGUGGAGCAGUGCCCUGGCCCGCCGCCUGCCAGCCUUGCCCUUCUCCCGAUGCCACCUUCACGACUUUGUCAUGCUCAACGUUGAGCUGACGCAGAACGUCCAGUACGACCUCAACAGGUACAGUUGUGAGGAGGUGGAUUUCAACCUGAGAGCCAACAGCAGUGGUCUGCUGCUCUGUCGCUUCAACCACUUCAGCUUGAUGAAGAAACAAAUUCUCUUUGGAGGACACAAGGACUUCCUGGUCAAACCCAAACUCAUCGUGAUGGAGAACCCAACCCCCAUCAGCCCAUCCCAGUACAUCUGUGCCCCAGACAGUGAACACACCCUCCUGGACGCCCCGGCUCAGUUCCUCCUGGAGAAGUUUCUCCAGAGUUGCAGCCACAGACUGUUCCCCAAGGCAGUACAGAACAGUAGCAACCCCGUGCUGUCCAUAGACAGCUACCUCAACAUAGGCCCUGAGGUGUCAGUGUGCUACGUCAGCUCCCGACCACACUCCACUAACCUGGACCACCAGGGUCUGGUCUUCAGCGGCCUGCUGCUCUACCUGUGUGACUCCUUUGUCGUCUCUGGCCUCCUCAAGAAGUUCAGCUUCCUCAAAGGUGCCACGUUGUGUGUGAUCUGCCAGGACCGUAACUCCCUGCGUCAGACCAUCGUACGGCUGGAGCUGGAGGACAAGUGGCAGUUUCGUCUGCGGGAUGAGUUCCAGACAGCCAACUGCAGCGAAGACCGGCCCCUUUACUUUCUCACAGGACGCCAUGUUUGACCCUGAGACUGCUGCCAGACCUGCCCAAAUGGCCCUCCUGUCCCAUCCACCCUAACCAGACAGAAGGAUACACACUAACCACUGAUCUCAGACCAGUUAACAAUCACAACGAUUCCCUGUCUGUUAGGGGGAUACAACCACUGUUCUCAGAUCUGUUUAGCCGACCUCUUGUCACACAGACCCUGAUUACGCAGGAGUAUAACAUCUGUUCUCAGACCAGUUAACAAUCACAAUGAUGUCAGGAGAUCAGAGAGGAGUAUUGGGGGCACAUCAAGGCCAAAUAGCCCAAAAAAUGGACACGUGGCCGUCAUCAAUGUGGAUGUGAUGUCUUCUCCUCCUACAGUAUGAGCUCCUCCACAACGCUGCGCUAUGUUUGGAACAGAAGUGGUUGGACAGUGAGUUUUAACUCAGACUUGUGUUGGGGUCUGUCCCUAAUCUGAGCCUGAUUCAAAUUCAAAGACUUUACUGUGCAAAAAUCGGCAUUGUCAGUGAACUUCUGUAUAUGUUGACGUAUUUCUGGCUGCAAAAAGGGACUCUCGUCAUCGAUAAUGGGACUUAUUGAAAGAUGGUAAACGUGGCGCUGUGGCGAACACAGCUCUUGUCGGGAUGUCCCGUCACGGACAUACACUUUAUCUCAGUUUUGAAGGGAGAGGCAGCAACGAGUUGCCCGUCGCUAAAGGAAAACUACUGCUUUUCUCUCUCGUCUUCAGUGUCAAGUGUUGUUACUUAUUACCCAUUGUAAUGUUGUUGAUAACCCUGAUAUGAGCCACAAAAUACAUCCACAUCUGCACCUUGCCUCCUCUACUCUCCUCUCCUCUCGCUAAAAUCCCACUCCGUUGUUAGAUUACUAGUGUAAAUAUGAUAGAUUCUGGAGUGUAUUAGAACUCUAUCAUCUAGGUCUAGUAUAUCCAUUUCUAUGCUGCUCAGUCAGAGGAAAAGCGUGUAGUUGAAAUCUAAGCCACUGUGUAGUGUACAGUCCUGUCCACUUACAUUUGACUGGCAAGCCACCGUAAGGGAUCCUGUUGCUCUUGUGCCUUCAUAUUGCAACAUGUUGUCCCUAACUGAACUGUUCCUAUGACAAUGUCUUUUUGAUCAUCUAACUGAGCCAAUCAAAUGGAGCGAGGGAGAGCAGGAAGAGACCUGUUGACCAAUCAGUUAGCUCUAAAGGCUUGAUGCUCAGAUACAAAGUACAAUUCUAUUUCAUGUUAUGCGGAGGAUGUAUAUAUCCCAGUAGCUCCUACUACUAGAUGAGGAUGCUAUAGAAAGAGCAAAGCUUCAGUGGCACCUCUAUCUGUCUUGCUAUUGACUGUGCCUGUGGCCUUGUUUAUGAUUGUAAUAUUACUCAGUGAUCUGUUCUCUGUGCCUGACAGUAUAGAUAGAUGGCUUAGGCCUCCCCCCAUAUACCUUAAUUCAUCCAGUCAACUGACUUACAGUUGCAGGGUUUUCACACGAAACUAUGGAUAAUCAGAGAGUGGGCGUGGACUGCUGUCAUCAUCAGAUUAAUACUGUAGGUCAAUUCAUCUUCCUGAAAGCAGGUAGGAAUGGUUUUUAUAUGUUACUGCACAGGGUCAUCCAAAGAAUAUGCCUUAUUAAGUGAGGUUGUUACAUAGAUCACUCAUUUGCAGUGAAGGGUAAUAUUGUAAUAAGUCUUACAAUGGAGAGGCCAAUCCAAUUGAAGAAAUUGUGACGAAACAUCUGUCCGGUUGGGGUUAAGAGGUUAAGUUGGAUGUGAGGACAACUGUCUGUUGUUAAAAGCUUUGUUUACAUUAUUAAUAUAUUCAAAUCAACCCCGUUACGGCUCGCGGAGGGUUUCUGACCAUUUUUGUUUGUAUUGUGUCACGUUUAGCGGUAAUGUUUGGGUGUCAUGAUGAUGGCUUUCUGUCUGCAUUUUUGUGUGUUUGCCAGCCAAGGCGCAAAGAAUCUACCUAAGAUUUUACCUUCUUACCGUGUACUGGCUUUUCUCAUGUCAGAUGAUUCUCAUCAUUUUUUUUUUUUCCUUCAUGAAAAUCAUGUCCUUUACAUGAGAGAUUCUUAUUUAUUUGAACAAGCAUUUUGGACUGAUAAUCGUAUGGAAGUGUAAUAAUAUUGAUUGCAUGCUGACUGAGCGAGCUCAAAUCAAGAAAGCGUAGCCUCUUCUGAAAACCAUGGACGAAGGCUUUGCACAAGACAAAGAGCUCCUGAGUCUUAUCUACUGAAUGUUGAGGGGUAGGAAAUGUGAACUUGCACUAUACAACUUGCCAGCAGCAACAACCAAAAAAGUAUUGAUCAUUGUCAUCAGAACUGUACGGGGUAAAUGAUGAACAAAGACACCGAGAAAAUAUUGAUGACACUAUCAGUAAAGACAGACAGUGUUGAUUGACUUAUCUGAUUGAUUGAUGAUCAGACCCUUCAAUAUUGAUCAUACCCUUUUGACCCAUAGAAUGUGUCUUGUUUGUAGAUAAUUAGAUGAACACAUGCAGUAACUUAUGCAAUUUGCUUCUCACAAUCUUCACUGAAGUAUUAUCUGUUGUGGGUAUUUAAGUGUCUUGCUAAAGAUUUGGCGACCCAACCCAUGGUAGGCUUGGCCACAGAGUCAUCUAACUCAUGUUGACUAUUGCGGUUGUUCAAUAUGUGGGCUGUGAACAUUUAACUUUGGUGAAACAUGCUUUUGUUGUUGGAAUUUCUGAAUCUAAUAAAGUGACAUUACAAUAAACUA